AAAACAGCGCCGGACUGAUGUGGGCGUGUUUGGAGCUUCCGGUCGUGAAAGAAAGCCAUUGACGUGCAUUUGAGUGCUGACCUACAGAAGUGCUGUGAAGAGUGAAGGAGCCAUGCCUUUCCUCCACGGGUUUCGGCGGAUCAUCUAUGAGUAUCAGCCGCUGGUAGAUGCAGUGAUGUGUGUUGUGGGGCUGGAGGACGGAGAUGGCGGCCAGGAGGGCAGAAGUCCAGGGGAUGAUUCCGGUCUGUGCAGCUCUCUGGAGGAGCUUCUGGAGCGAGAGUCCCAGUCGGAAGUGUUUGUGGAAGGCAUCAGCUACGCCCUGUUUAAGGUGGCAGAGCGGGGACUGGUGGACGCCGCUCAGAUCCUUCUGCGCUACGGGGCUGACCUAAACUUUGAAGACCCGGUGUCAUACUACAACCCACUACACAUAGCAGUUUUAAGGAACAGGCCAAACAUGGUCAGGCUGCUGGUUGGUCACGGAGCAGACGUCGAAAAGAGGGACAGGAUCCAUGAGAGCAGUCCCCUGGACCUGGCCAGUGAGGAAUCGGAGAGGCUCCCGUGUCUUCUCACCUUGCUGGACCUGGGUGCUGAUGUGAAUGCAAGGGAUAAACAUGGAAAAACGCCUUUACUCCAUGCGAUGGCCAGCAGCGACGGACUCACUGUACACAACACAGAAAACAUCCAGCUUCUACUAGAGAGAGGUGCCGACAUCAAUGCUUCGACUGUAGACGGUGAGACAGUCGAGUCCUCGCUGGUGUUUCUGGUAAAGGAGGCUCUGCAGGCCACCGCGGAGGAAGCCGCCGAGAUCGGUACCUUCUGCUUGAAAACCACCCAGCUGCUGCUGUCUCACGGCGUGGACCCCAGCUGCUGUCUGAACGAGGAUGGCGAACCCUCCCUGACGCACACGAGCUUGGAGCACUUUGACCUGCUCUUCCCUCUGGCUGUGCUCUUAAUCCAGAGCGGAGCUUCUUUGGUUUGCUCCUAUCACAGCGAUUCCUGUUGGUCGGGUUACACUCUCCUUUUCCAGAGGCUCCACACAGCCCUUCAGCAAUCCUCCGAUCGAAGCUAUGCAGCUGAGCUUUUGGAGCAGGCCGAGACGCUGCUCGACUUAGCGAGGGUUAACGUCCCUGCGCUGCGUCUCCCUCCUAGGCUGGAACUCCCAGUGCCUGUUCCGGACUGUCAUCCGUAUGCUCAGGCUCUGGUAGACAUGCACAACCGUGUAGCGGAGCGUGAAGCAAGCCCUCCUGCUCUGCGUUGCCUUUGUAGGGCAUUCAUAAGGAAUCGUCUACAGCCCUGGCCAUUUGAAGACAGAGUGAAAGCCCUGCCUCUGCCAGACAGACUGAAAGACUUUCUCCUUCCCGAGCACACGUACACUCCCAAGCCUGGCUGGGACUGCUUCAAGCCGCAGCAGAGCCAGCGCUGACACUGUAAACUGCUGGCUAGUCGGCAUUUCUGCUUUGUUUUUUGGCAACAUAAAAACUGAAUUGAAACACUGACGCUGUGUGUAGUAAUCUCUGUGAAAUGUACGAACAAUUGUCUGUGAAUGAAUGAACGUCAGAUCUAACAUAACCGCCAAGGCCUUUGUUGAAUUCUUAUCGUGUGUCGUCUUUGCCAAAUUUACAGGCAAGCUGUUAAUUUUUCGUUCGCUUUGUUUGUACAAAUAAGUCACAUUUUCACCGUUGAAACGACCAAACUGCUAUACAGUUAAGUGAGCCGUGUUAAUGCAUAAAGGAGCGGCAUUGUGGGAUAAGAGCCACCAGAUGGCAGUGUUGCUCCUGCAAAUCAGAAGAAGGCUCAGUUGUGGGGGUCAAAGAUGUAGUUACUCACAGUGCAGCUUAUUAAAGUUGUUCCUGCACAGUAGGGUGCAUCUGUAUUUUAUCUCCUCAACGCGAUGGUGCUGUAUUGUGGAAUGUGUGUAUCUUCUAGCUUAGCAUGAAGGUGAUAUAAUAAAGCGCCGGCUUCACCGUCA